AUGUCGGCCAAUUUCAUGGACACAUCGGGUGCGUCGGAGCCAGUGUGGAUCCACACAGAGCCGUACUCGAAGCGCGUGACCUUCCCACAACUAUCGAAAGAUCUGGAUGUUGAUACUUGCAUCAUCGGAUCCGGCAUUGCUGGCAUCUCGACCGCGUACGAGCUCGUUCGACAGGGCAAAGAAGUUGCUGUGAUCGAAGCCCGGAACGCGCUCUCAGGCGAAAGUGGCCGGACGUCUGGUCACCUCGCUUCUAACCUUGAUGAUGGCUACAUGGCUAUAGCAAAGAAGUUCGGUAACGAUGGUGCUCGUACGGCCGCCGAGUCGCACGACUGGGGUAUACAGCGAGUCGGGGAGAUCUCGAGGGAGCUCAAAAUCGACUGUGAAUAUCGAGUGCUCAAGGGUAUCACUGUUUCUCAGUUCGAGGUUGGCACUACUGAUCACAAGAAUGAUGUGGUGACACUAAAGAAAGAGACGACCCUAGCAAAAGAACUCGGACUCGAUGCCAACUUUGAUGCGGAGGUCAGGAUCGGAGGGUGGGACGGAAAGCCAGAUCAGCGUGGUGGCGGUGUCUAUGUACCUCAAGGCAUUCUUGGCUGGCUCGAUCAGCAGCCGAACUUCCAGGGAUACUCACAGACACGAGCAACCAACGUCUCGGAGAAAGGCAUCACUAUCCCGGUCGUUCACAUCCAUCUCGGUUCCCGGGGGGUGACCAUCGAGACCGUCAACGGGCACACCGUCUCGUGCAAUGACUCUGUCGAAGCCACAUGUGUUCCGGUCCAGAAGCUCAGCGUAAUCGCCGAGAUGGAGUACAACCGGACAUACUGCAUUGUGAUUCGCGUCCCUAAGGGCUCCGUGGAAGACUGCCUAUUGUACGAUACAGCUGAGGUCUACCACUAUGUCCGGUUGACAAGCUGCGACGAAGAAUCAGACUACUUGGUCGUCGGUGGACAAGAUCACGCUGUAGGACAAGAGGACGAGCAAGAGGAGCGAUACCAGGAGCUCGAGAAGUGGACAAGAGACCGCUUCACAAAGGCCGGACAGGUUGACUAUCGAUGGUCGGGACAGAUUUUCGAGCCAAUGGACUUUAUGGCCUUCAUCGGAAAGAACUCCGGUAACGACCAUCGGUACAUCGUAACCGGCGAUUCAGGCAAUGGGCUGACACACGGAGUGCUCGCGGGGAAGUUACUGGCUGAUCUCAUUACUGGAAAGGAGAAUCCUUGGUCAGGCGUCUACGAUCCCAGGCGGAAAGCGACACUUGCUACAGAGCUGCCCUCUAUACUGGCCCAUGAUGUCCAAAUCAAUACGCAGUACAAGCGGUUCCUGCAGAGCGAUAUCAAGGACAUCGAGGAUCUGCCGGUUGGACAAGGCGGUGUGCUCAGUGCUACGGGGAAGAAGCCUAUAGCUGUUUACAAGGAUGAGCAAGGCAAUGUGACACGGCGGAGCGCGUUGUGUCCUCACAUGGGCGGUGUCGUUCGCUGGAAUCCUGGCGAGAAGAGCUGGGACUGCCCUAUCCAUGGCAGCCGCUUCAGCAAAGACGGCUUGCAGAUUAUGGGACCUGCAGCUGCUGGGCUGAAGGCGGAAGACUGA